AUGAUUUCUUUGUGGUCCAGUCCAGUUCUUCUGUUCCCGUUAUUACUGGUCUGGCUGUUAGUCUGGCUGUUUGCAUCCUGCUUAUUUUUGCAGUUCUCUUCUUUGUGUGGAAACAAAAACAAAACCAUUUUAAGACCAAGCGAAGCCACCGGGAUGACACUGAUAAAAAGGAGAAGAAUCACUGUGAAACUAAGAGAGCUGAAGAUCGGUGUGUCACCGAGGAAGAAAUUAAGCCUUUGAAGGGACACGAGGGAAAGAACAACAUACAUAAGCAUGAAGCUAAUCAGGAGGAGCAGAGGAGAGAGGAAGCUGAGAGGAAAGUCCAGACCCUGGAGGAGGAGCUGAAGACCAAGAAGACCGAGGUUGGAGCUAAACAAGAUCAGCUGCAGCAGCUGUAUGAGAAGAACCAGAGGAACAAGAACGAGCUGCAGAACCUGAACACAGAGCUGGAGAACAAGAUUAAAGAGCUGGGAACAAUUCGAAACACCCCACUGCAAUAUUCCUAUGCUUCUCCGUUUCGCAGACAUGAGGAACAGCAGGAGAAGGCGGCAGCUGAGAGGGAAGCAGUGAUGGAAGUGGACUCGCUGACAGAGAAGCUGAAGACUCAACAGACAGAAUCUGACACCCAAAUCAAAGAGUUUGAUGAGAAACAAGCUGAAGUUAAGCAGCUCCAGGAAGAGAUUCAGGUGAUGGAGGCCAACCUGCAGACUCUGAUGGAGGAUCUGAAGUUCAACAACAUCAAGUCAGAAAGAAGUCAUGCUGUUCCAGCCCGCUCCUCCUCGAUUUUGGAUAAAUUACAGACAGUUUCAAAGGAGAGAUUUCAGGAGGAGCAGCAGAAGAGGAGAGAAGCUCAGAGCAGAGUUCAGACCCUGGAGGGGGAGCUGGACACUAUGAACAGGAAGCUCCAGGAUGAACAGACCAGGAGAGAAAAGGUGGAGAGAGAAGUUCAGAACAAGACAGACGAGCUGAAGGGGGACCAGGCUGAUACUCACAGACUGCUCCUGCAGGAGACACAGAGAACGGAGGAGGCUCAGAGGGAGGUGGAGAGCCUGAAGGAUCAGCUGAAGAGCACGAAUAAAGAGUUAUUGCCAGAGCAGGCAGUGUAA